AUGGCCGCUAUAUUGAAACAACCCUUGAAAUUGGCUCUUGUCCAGCUCGCAUCGGGAGCGGACAAGGCCGUGAACCUCUCUCAUGCUCGAAGCAAAGUCCUCGAAGCUGCAAAGGCUGGCGCACGUUUGAUCGUUCUCCCCGAGUGCUUUAACUCGCCUUACGGCACAAACUUCUUCCCGAAAUACGCCGAGACCCUCCUUCCCUCACCACCCACCAACGAACAAUCGCCCUCCUUCCACGCACUGUCAGCCAUCGCGAAAGAGGCAAAUGCCUAUCUCAUCGGUGGCAGUAUUCCUGAGCUAGAGCCAACAACCAAGAAGUACUACAACACCUCCCUGGUCUUCUCGCCCACAGGCGCCUUGAUUGGCACCCAUCGCAAGACGCAUCUGUUCGACAUCGACAUCCCGGGCAAGAUCCAGUUCAAGGAGAGCGAUGUACUUUCGCCUGGCAACCAGCUGACCGUCGUUGAUCUACCGGAAUAUGGAAAGAUCGGUCUGGCCAUCUGUUACGACAUCCGAUUCCCAGAAGCUGCGAUGAUCGCCGCCCGCCAGGGCGCUUUCCUCCUCGUUUACCCCGGUGCCUUCAAUACUACUACCGGUCCCCUGCACUGGUCACUUCUUGGCCGUGCCCGCGCUGUUGAUAACCAGGCCUAUGUGGCGCUUUGCAGCCCGGCCCGUGACAUGGAAGCCGCCUAUCAUGCGUAUGGGCACAGUUUGGUCGCUGAUCCCAGUGCCAAGAUUGUUUCCGAGGCUGAAGAGAAGGAGACAAUUAUCUAUGCUGAUUUGGAUAAUGAGUCUAUUGCUAGCAUUCGCAGUGGAAUUCCUAUCUCCACUCAGCGACGAUUUGACCUGUAUCCGGAUCCCCACCCUAGCCAAUUAAACCCCACACACUCAAGCGAGACCACACUGAAUUUCACUCGAAAAUCGACCGCGAACUUUCCUUCCCAUCGAUCAUAUCCGCCCACAGUCGACCACCCCUUCAAGAUGUCCAACGUCAAGACCGGCAACAAGCGCUCGGCUAUCGCCGAUGUGGUGUCUCGCGAGUACACCAUCAACCUGCACAAGCGAGUCCACGGUGUCAGCUUCAAGAAGCGUGCUCCUAAGGCUAUCAAGGAGAUCCGCGCUUUCGCUGAGCAGGCCAUGGGCACCAAGGAUGUCCGUGUCGACCCCCAGCUGAACAAGAAGGUCUGGGAAGCCGGUAUCAAGGGUGUUCCCUUCCGUCUCCGUGUCCGCAUCUCCCGCAAGCGUAACGACGAGGAGAACGCCAAGGAGCGUCUCUACUCCCACGUUCAGGCCGUCAACGUCAAGGACCCCAAGGGUCUCCACACCACCACCGUCGACGAAUAA